AUGCUGCGCGUGUUCGGGGCGGCUUCUGGGGAGGAGCUGGCUGCGAUGUCUGUGGAGGAGGCAUCAGCAGGAGGAGGGGAUCAGAGGGAAGGGGAGGAGUGGAGGGAGAAGUGGGGAGGAGAGGAUGGAAGGCAGAGGUUCCUGCUCGAGGGCUCGCCACUGGACGAGACGGCUGCCUUGGAAUCGGCCGUUGAUUUGCAGCUGGUGCUGCUGCCCUUGUGCAGCACAUCGCCGUUGAGAGUGUCGAGCUUCAACGCCUCUGUACGGAUUGGCAAGUUGCCGGAAGUAGAGACUAUGUUGGCGAAAGCUCAGGAUCCGAACUGUGCAUCUCGGGACGGCGCGACUGCUCUUCACGAAGCUUUCUGGGCCGGGCAGGUUCGAAUCGCACACUUGCUUCUUGAGGCCAGGUCCGACACUGGUUUGGCCGACAAUGGUGGCCGCACUGCUCUCCACCUCGCAACGCAGGACAGCCUUUUGGAACUGGUUCGCUUGCUGUUGGAUGCUGCGGCUGACGGCUGGUGA